GUUGUUUUCGUCACUCAUUUUUUAUAAGUGCAGAAAAAUAUUUAAUCAAAUUGAUAGAAAUUAAUAAUUAUUAAUACAAUGACAACACCUCAAGUGAUGCGCAUUAUGGCCUUGUCCAUUAACACUGCGGCGCGAGCCGGUUCAAUCAUAAGAGAUGUGAUGCAGCGAGGAAAUCUCGGUAUUGUUGAGAAAGAGGGUAAGGAUGAUCUACAAACUGAAGCUGAUCGUUCGGCGCAACAAUGUAUAAUUGCAUCUUUAUCCCGGAAAUUUCCUAAUCUUAAAAUCAUUGGCGAAGAAGGUGAUUCCAACUUAGAUGUAAAGCCGGAAUGGCUGGUUACAGAUGAAAACGAAGAAUUUCUAAAGAAUUGCUGCCCUGAGGAAUGGCGUGAAAUUAAAGAGGAAGAAUUCGUAGUGUGGGUAGACCCCUUAGACGGCACGUCCGAAUAUACUCAAGGCCUGUUAGAACAUGUGACUGUGCUUAUCGGUGUGGCAAUUAAAGAUCGCGCAGUUGGUGGUGUCAUAUACCAACCUUAUUAUAAACAAUCUAACGGAGAAAUAGGUAGAGCUAUUUGGGGUCUUAAAGGGCUAGGAACUGGUGGUUUUAAGCCCACUAGUCCUCCAAAAGGUCAAAUGAUUAUUACGACAACACGUUCGCAUUUAACGCCAUUGGUACAGCAAGCACUCGAUGCUCUCUCACCAACAGAAGUUAUCAAGGUGGGCGGCGCUGGAUACAAAGUACUACAAUUGCUUGAAGGCAGAGCACAUGCUUAUGUAUUUGCAAGUCCUGGUUGUAAACGUUGGGACACUUGCGCACCGGAAGCUGUGCUCGAAGCAUAUGGAGGCAUUCUAACUGAUCUAGCAGGUGUUCAUUACUCAUAUGCGGCUGAAGUAGAUUACAAAAAUCGAAUGGGUGUCCUAGCGACCGUUCCUGAACUGAAGCAUUCCGAUAUCGCUAAUCAAGUACCCAAGGAUAUUUUAGAUGCUUUGCGCUCAUAAAUACUUAAGAGGAAUUUCCUGAUUUCUUUUUUUUUUUAAAUUCCCCUAAAAGGUUAUGGAAAUCAUCAACAGCAAGUGAUAAGUAAUUGAUUUGUUUUUGAGCACAGGUGGAGCUCAUGUGUUUAUUAAAAAAAUAAUAACGUAACUGGUAAACUAAUUAGAAUAUGUUGACGAAAUUCUAAAAAUGCGCGAAAAUAAAUGCAAGCAGCGCAUGAUUUUACAUAAAAAUAGAUAAAUGCUAAUAAAUAUAGUUACGAUACUUAACUA